AUUUUAAAAUUAUUGCUUCCGAGCCAAAACGCUGCAGUAGUGUAUCUUUUAAUCCUUCCCUCAUAUGGAAAGGAUUCAGGAGAAAUCCUGAUAUGUAAAGGAUUUCAAUCUCCCAGUCUAUAAAUGUAUCACUAGCACUGCUAAUUACUCUUACUCACCCUAAAUUCAGUCUUAAAAGAAAAGAUGACGACUCCACAAAGAAUUAUGAUGCAAAUUAACAAUACUCUUCACUUCCCUUCUUCUCCACACUCACUGCAACUGCAUCCUCAGUCCUCUCUUCAAAUCAAUUUACACUACGCGAACCUCAGAUUUAUAAGAGGCUUUGAAGGCCGAUUAACGCAAAUCCAGCCCUACACUUCUCGCCCGGUGUUUUCUUUUUUACUGCCAAUCCCACCUUACGUUCGUUCGGAUUCUUCCUCAUGCCAUCGCUAUUUUUAUGACCAUCUCUCUCAAUUCUUGAAUCUUGAUUAUGUCCACUUGCGCCGUUUCUUGGCCCGGCAUUUGACUGAUCAUCUUCUGGACUUGUCCAUCACGCAACCUUAUUCUAGUUUUUCUUCUGUUGCUGAUGUUGAAGUUAUCCACGAAGAGAUUAUUAACUUACAGGAGUUAGCCGCGAGGUUGAGGAUGAGCUCGUUGGGUGACGGUGAUGUUCUUGUUUAUGAUGAAGUAAUUAUAGAAGAAGAAGAUAUAGAACCCACUGGUUCAGGGGUGUCUACGGCGGUGCUUAUGAAGCUGAAGGCGGAGAGCUUUUCUGCGGGAGAGAGCGGUGGUGGUGACUGUGCAAUUUGUUUGGAAGAAUUUGGCGGUGAUGAAAAGGAAGUGGUGGUGAUCAAGAUGCCUAGUUGCGGUCAUAGUUUUCAUGAAAACUGCAUCUUUAGAUGGUUGCAGAAGAAAAAGUCUUGCCCUAUGUGCCGACGUCAAGUCCAGGAUUGAUUUUAAUUUGUUAAUUAGUUUAGUAUUUCAUUUAUAACGUUAAUUUAGAAGUUCUUUAGUUUGUAAUUACAAUUGGAUUAUGAUGUAAUUUUUAGUCCAAGGUAAACUUUUAGUA